CGCCAGGCGAACCAGUCUGUUGCGCCACUGCGCUUUCAACUUUUUUUUGUAUGUGUGUGAUUAUAACUCCUUUACCACUCUCACUUUUUACUCCCUGGCAGCGGAGGGAUGUUCCUUGGAAGGAGGUUACACCCCAGCUGAAUAUUCUCACCUUGGAAGGUUUAGAAGCUAGGCUCAUAAGUUCUCGGAGAGUUUGGGAAUGGAGAACAUUUGGGGAAACUUUUACGCAUUGAGCUGAGUGACGCACGAAUAGAUAUUUAAAGCUUUUGUCUAGCGUGUCAUAUCUACGUUAUUGUCUUCUUCGUCACUGGCAAAGGGAUGUUUUAAGUAGACUCGUAGUUACCGAGUCUCUGGAGAGAAGUUUUCUGAAUUCGUGCAACAGCGAACUUAAUUUGAUUUCGGCUUGCGUUUUUCUUUCUUUUUUCCAAAAAUUCUGCCACAGAAAAAACGUCCUGUCUUCAACUUACACAGGAUCCGCACUUCCACGGUGUCUCCUUCACCCCCCGCGGAUUUUCAAUUAACGUCUGUUGGAAGUAAUUUCGGUGGAUUGCUAUAAUGCCUCCGACCACGCCGGAGAAGCGCGCCGCGCUCUGCCGGGUUUGGGCUCUAGCUUUCGCUCUGCUGGUGUGCGCUACAUCGGUGAAUGGAUGCCCACACAAGUGUAGCUGCUCCGGAUCUCAUGUGGACUGCCAGGGUCUGGGUUUGAAGACUGUGCCCAAAGGAAUACCGAGGAAUGCCGAGCGCCUGGAUUUGAAUAAAAACAACAUCACCAGAAUCACUAAAGUGGACUUUUCUGGCCUCAAGAACCUCAGGAUUCUUCAUCUUGAGGACAACCAAAUCACUGUUAUCGAGAGAGGAGCGUUUCAAGACCUAAGACUGCUUGAGAGACUUCGUCUGAACAGAAACAAGCUCCAGUUUCUUCCCGAGCUUCUCUUCCAGUCCAAUCCCAAACUAGGACGACUAGACCUGAGUGAAAACCAGAUUCAGGCAGUUCCAAGAAAGGCUUUCAGAGGGAUCACCGGUGUCAAGAACCUGCAACUGGACAGCAACCACAUCAGCUGCAUCGAAGAUGGAGCUUUCCGAGCGCUGCGCGAUCUGGAGAUUCUCACUCUCAACAACAACAACAUCACCCUCAUCCCACUAUCCAGCUUCAACCACAUGCCAAAGCUGCGGACACUCCGUCUGCACUCCAACAACCUCCACUGUGACUGUCAGUUGUCCUGGCUCUCUGAUUGGCUCAGAGCCAGGCGGGGCUUGGCUCCCUUCACCCAGUGCAUGGCCCCCGCCCACAUGAGGGGCCUCAACGUCCCAGAUGUGCAGAAGAAAGAUUUUGUCUGCAAUGGUCCAGCCCAGACCGAGUCAAGGACUUGUGCUCCUCAGGUGACCGUUUGCCCACCCAGCUGCAGCUGUAACAACAACAUAGUGGACUGUCGUCGUAAAGGCCUCACUGAAAUCCCAGUAAACCUCCCUGAAGGCAUCGUGGAGAUUCGUCUGGAGCAGAACUUGAUUAAAAGUGUCCCAGCUGGAGCCUUUUCUGCCUACAAGAAACUCAAGAGGAUUGACUUGAGUAAGAACCAGAUUUCUGACAUUGCUGCCGAUGCUUUCAGUGGCCUUCGCUCACUCACCUCGUUGUUCGACGCUGACAAGGGGAACACAGUGCAGCCGAAUGUGUGUACGUCCUGUACAUUGCUCAACGCCAACAAAAUUAACUGUUUGAGAGUCAACACCUUUCAAGACCUACAGAACCUCAACCUCCUGUCGUUAUAUGACAACAAGCUGCAAACCAUCAGUAAAGGACUGUUCGCCCCUCUGCGCUCUAUCAAGACUCUUCAUCUGGCCCAGAAUCCCUUUAUGUGUGACUGUCACCUGAAGUGGCUGGCAGACUAUCUGUUUGACAACCCAAUUGAGACGAGCGGAGCACGCUGCAGCCACCCCAGAAGGCUGGCUAACAAACGAAUAAGCCAGGUGAAGGGAAAGAAGUUCAGGUGCACAGGUCAGGAGGACUAUCGCAGCCGUCUGAGUGGGGAAUGUUUCCAGGACCUGGUAUGUCCAGAGAAGUGUCGCUGUGAAGGCACAGUGGUUGACUGCUCCAACCUCAAGUUGACCCGAAUACCGCCACACAUCCCUGAACACACCGCAGACCUCAACCUGAGCAACAACAAACUGAAAGACAUCCGCGAAGGGGCGUUUGAUGGAGCAGGUGGAGUUUUGGAGCUGCUGCUAACGGGGAACAAGCUGACUGGACUGCAGGGACGCAUGUUCAGAGGCCUCAGUGGCCUGAAGACCCUCAUGCUGCGGAGCAACCAGAUCAGCUGUAUUGACAACAGCACCUUCACAGGUCUGAGCUCCGUCCGUCUGCUGUCACUGUAUGACAACAGGAUCUCCAGCAUCGCCCCGGGAUCAUUCUCCACCCUGCACUCCCUGUCCACCAUUAAUCUUCUGUCCAACCCAUAUGUGUGUGAUUGUCACUUGGCCUGGCUGGGUCAAUGGCUAAAGAAGACGAGGGUGGUGAGUGGAAAUCCCCGCUGUCAGAAGCCAGCCUUCCUGAAGGAGAUUCCUAUCCAGGAUGUGGCUACCCCAGACUUUACAUGCGAUGCGGUGCUGCAGCCAUUUACUGAAAAUGAGUUUGGAAAGUCGUUAGCUGGAUUGGUUCAAGUUGAGAUAGUCAAAAUCUUGGAUCUAGAUCAUUACCAGCUUCAAGUGAGUUGUGCUUUGGCUCAAGGCCAAUCAGCUCACAGAGCUUUGAAGGCAUCCUCCCUGCCUGCCAGUUACUUGGAGGGUAAUAUGCUGACAUCUGUGCCCAAGGAGCUGGCAAACCUGAAACAGCUGUCGCUGGUGGACCUGAGCAACAACAGCAUCAGUGCUUUGGCCCCGUACACCUUUAACAACAUGACUCAACUAGCCACACUAAUCCUCAGUUAUAACCAGAUCCGCUGCAUCCCCGUCCAUGCCUUCGAUGGGCUCAAGUCACUUCGCCUGCUGACUCUUCAUGGUAAUGACCUUUCAACUAUUCCAGAGGGAGCUUUCAACCACCUCAGCUCUCUGUCCCACCUGGCUCUUGGUGCCAACCCAUUGUACUGUAACUGUGAUCUGCGCUGGCUCUCUCAGUGGGUCAAGGCUGGCUUUAAAGAGCCUGGCAUUGCUCGCUGUACUGGACCUCCUGACAUGGCUGACAGGCUGCUGCUCACCACACCAUUAAACAGAUUUCAGUGCAAAGGUCCAGUGGAUAUCAACCUGAUGUCAAAGUGCGCCCCCUGCCUUUCAGCUCCCUGCCAAAACAAUGGUACCUGUGUCUCCAAUGCUGCAGGAUCCUACCACUGCACCUGUCCGCAUGGAUUCAAGGGUCAAGACUGUGAAAUACCGAUCAAUGCCUGCAUUAGCUUUCCUUGUUCUAAUGGAGGAACCUGCCACAUUCAUCCUGGCCAUGAAGACCACUUCAGCUGUGCGUGUCCGCCAGGUUUUGAGGGCCAACAUUGUGAGAUAAACCCAGACGACUGCGAAGACAACGACUGUGAGAACAACUCCACCUGCAUCGAUGGGAUCAACAACUACACCUGCGUCUGUCCUCCAAACUACACAGGUGACCUGUGUGACGAGGUUACUGACCCUUGUCUCCCUGGUUUUGACCCCUGUCAGCAUGACUCCAAGUGCCUUCGUGUUGGCCGUGGUUACAGGUGUGAGUGUUUACCAGGCUACGUGGGCCAGCACUGCGAGCAGGACUAUAAUGACUGUCUGGAGAACAAGUGUCAGCACGGAGCGGAGUGUGUGGACGCCGUCAAUGGCUAUACCUGCGUCUGUAAAGAGGCUUUCAGCGGGCUGUUCUGUGAGAACCCGCCACCAAUGAUCUUGCUGCAGACCAGCCCCUGCGACCAAUCCGAUUGCCAAAACGGCGCCCAGUGCCUGGUGGUUGCUGGGGAGCCCAUCUGCCGCUGCAUGCCCGGUUUCUAUGGCAGCAAAUGCGACAAAAUGGCCACUGUUCACUUCCUGGGUCGCGACGGGUAUGUGGAGCUGCCAGCUGCAAAACUCCGCCCAACUGCGCAUAUUUCGUUACAGGUGGCUACAGACAAAGACAACGGUAUUUUGUUGUACAAGGAGGACCAUGAUCCUCUGGCAAUUGAGCUUUAUCAGGGACACAUACGUCUUAUUUACGACAUCGCCAACUACCCACCAACCACUGUGUACAGCGUCGAGUCUGUGAAUGAUGGGCUUUUCCACACAGUUGAGCUGCUUAUUCAGAACCACUCACUGAGCCUCGUGGUGGAUAACAGCACCAACAAGAGCCUGGGAAAGCUGGCACGCCAGCCCUCCGUCGACCACAACACCCAGCUUUACAUAGGAGGAGUGCCAUCCCAGGUCGUGGCCUCAGGUCUGCGUCCAGGGCCUGAACGAUCCCCUCAGGGUUUUAGUGGCUGCGUCCACAAUGUCCAGAUCAAUGGGGAACCCCAAGACCUGAGUUAUAGAUCCAGAGGAGCAGGACAGCUACAACGAAUUGAGGGCAAGGGUGAUGGCAUUCUUGCGGGGUGUCAUUCGUGCAGCGUUUGUGCACAGGGUGCAUGUAGAGAAGGAGGAGAGACGGGAGUAACUUGCGAUUGUCCUCCUGGACGUUCUGCACCUGGGGUCUUACCUGGUGUUAUAGACCCCUGCCUCUAUGGAUCUUGCACUGAGUUUCUUCCUGUGCUGCCAUAA